AACGUAUAUUAAGAAUAUUAAUAUACCUAUUUUGAAAUAGGCAUAUUAAUAAAAUAUUUUUUUAGGAUAUUUAUUCUGAAGCGAUAUCUACUGAUUCUAUUUGAUAUGCCGCAAACAAAUAUUUUUACAUUUUAGAAGAACAAGAUAAUGGCUAUUAGAAAUUUUAUUACAUCUAUAUUUUUAAGAAAUCGUGGUACUAUUGUUCGAACAUUAUAUUCUGGUUCCUACCCUAUUAGCAAUUUUCAAAAAAAUCAUGAAAUACGAAGUAAAUUUUCUUCUCCGUUUCAUUUCAUUAAUAUAGCAAAUAAAAACUUAGGCACCCGCGAAUGUAAAACUCAAAUAAAGGAUGUUGAUGCAUCUAAAGAAAGAAUAAUCAAGGAAUUAAAUUUUUUGACAAAAAAAGAUGCGACGCCCUUUUUCAAAUUGCCUGUGAAAACAUUACUCCAAAUUUACAAAACAACUAAAAAUGAUGAAGAGAAUGGCUUUUGUAAAAACAGGUUAUAUUAUAUUGCUCAACGAAUUAAGUGCCCACCCUCUAAUUUGAGUGAACAAAUCAUAAAAAGAACUUUUAUAUACAAAUUGUCAUUUGAUUGGUUGGAAAGUUCUUUAAAUGUACUAUUAGCUAUGAAUGUAUCCGGGGAUCGCAUACAGCGUGAUUUAUGGGUCCUUAAGUAUCAUCAUAAAACCAUAUAUGAAAGACUUCUACGAGUCAGAAAUUUAGGUGUUGAAAACCUGUGUCCCUGGAUGGUUCGUUGUUCUGAAGAUAUAUUAAACAGAUCUAUUGAAAUAACUCAAGAAACUAAGACAAUAUUGGGAGAAAAUAAAUCAACGAAAAUGUAUCUUGCAACCCGCCUAAAUACUACACCAGACAUUAUUGAAGAUAUGUGUGUCAAAAUACCUGCUCUUAAAACUAUCAGAGUCACAAAGGCAAAAAGUUUUUUGGAUUUUUUGAUGGAAGAAGGUUUUAAUGUUGAAGAAAUUGUGGACAAGCCUAGAAUAUUUGCAGCUUCUCAAAAAACUGUAAAAUUGAGAUUAGAAAAGCUAAGGAGUCUAGGUCUCAGUGAAAUUAAUUUAAACAUACUUUGUAGAAGUAGAAGAGCUUUUCAAAGAUAUUAUGAAUCUAUUGAGUCAAUUUCUAAAGAUUCUAAAUGAGAAACCCAAAUGUCAAAAAGUAAAUAUAUGAAGACAAGGUUUCACUUUAAUUUGCAGUGUAUGUAUAUUGAAUAAUUUUAAGUAAAUAAGAAAAAACUUAACCCUGUUAUUCUGCUGUUUAUCUUUUGUAUAUAGAAAACUAAAGAUAAACAGCAGAGUUGGAACAUCAAUUAAAAUCUGGAUUUGUUAUUUACAUAAAUGCAUAUCUAUAC